AUGCUAUCUCGCCAUUCCGUUCGUUGCGCUCAUGCAGCAGCUGCUUCGCGUGCAGCUACCAGUAAGGCCGAACAAAUCACCAAGUUGCCAAGUGGUCUCACUGUUGCGUCCAUAGACAAUCAGGGUCCCAUCAGUCAGUUGGUGCUCAUGUUCCGUGCCGGCUCGCGUUUCGAAGGUCCCAAUCAACAUGGUCUUGUCCACUAUCUGCGUGAUUCCGUGGGAACGGAUUCGGCGAACUACCCUGGUCUCAGUCUUAUCUGGAGCUCGGCUGUUAGCGGUGGACGUGUCAGUGCGUUCUCGACGCGUGAUGUCUAUGGUGUAUCACUGGCUCUGCCCAGAGACGAGUCUUCAGUGGGUAUUUCGAUUCUUGGCCACAUUGCGCAACCAGCGUUCAAGCCGUGGGAGAUUGAAGAUGUGAGUGGAACUUCAGAUUCAGUUUCUCCUCAUCAGUUUGUUAUGGAAAGAUCAACUGAAAUCCUUAUUCAGCAAACGCUGCCAGCCCUCAAGACUGACAAUGCCUACAAGCAUCCCUAUAAUGUGGCUUACGAAGAUCUGCAUCGCGCUGCCUACCGCAACGGACCGCUAGCACGGUCUGUGUAUGCUCCAAAGACUUCCAUUGGCAAAAUAAGUCACAAGGCUUUGGCUGAUUUUGCUGUAAGUGCCAAGCAUCUUACAACUGGACAAGCAGUACUGUAUGGCAUGAACAUUGAACAUGAGCGCAUGGUCCUUUAUGGCGACAGUCACGCUCCCAUUGCCAAUGGGCAAAAAGUCGAUGCCGUUGCAAGCCCGUACAAGGGUGGAGAGUGGCGUCGUCCUGCUGGUGGUCCCAUGGCCCACGUAUUGCUGGCUGGUGCAGGAGCUCCGCUCAGCGAUGCCAAAGCGAUGGCUACACAGGCAGUUCUGCUUGCCUCCCUAGGGAGAUCGGCCGCUGUUCAGUUCUCCGGUUCUGCGGGAAAUGCUGCUGUUCUCCGCGCCGUUGCUGGUACUUGUGGCGCAUCAGCAUUCCAGGCCGCGUACGAAGACACUGGUCUCGUUGGUGUUUACAUCGUCGCCGAUGGCGCUCACGUUGCCAAAGCAGUAACAUCCGCAGCUUCAGCAAUCAAGAGCUACAAGUGCAGUGAUCUCGAAGCCGCCAAGCGACGCGCAACUAAUGAUCUGCUCCGGGCUACUGCCCACUCUCAUCCAACCUCCAUCGAACGCGCUACUCAGAUUCUUGCUGGACUCACAGCUGAGGGCGCGAUUGUUGAGGCGAUCCAACAGGUGACGGCUAGUGACGUUGAGGCAGCGGCAAAGAAACUUUCGAGCAAGUUCUCUUUAUCCAGUUACGGAAACAUCGAUGAAUCUGUUAUGAGCCAGCGCAACGAAGAUGAACAGGGUAAGCCUCUCGACCCUCCAAACGAUGGGAAUGCCGCUGCGGAAGAGAAACCGACGCAACAAACGCAAGGUUUUGAGGGAUUCACGUACAAUGAGGAUGUGCUCAAAUUUGAAUUGCCGCCACUGCCUGAUCCUUUACCGAAAUGUAAAGCUGCCCUGGAGAAGUUUGUAGUUCCAAAAGAGUCUGAUUUGGUCCGGCGGUCUUUUAUGCCUCUACGAACUCACCCGGAUCAUUUCAUAGAGGUCUAUUUUGAGAAUGUAACAGAGACCGGCAAAUCACGCUUGCCUUGGGAACUUGUGCGACCUGCGUUUUUAUGGAAAGUUAAGUCAUGUAUGGACGAAAUGGUGCGGUGGCAUCGACAGCGAGAAGGACCUGAUUCAGUCGAUUUGAGUGAGGGUUCUGAAAACAAGCGAAUGUACGAUUUUAUCUUGGAGAAAGCUGCUAAAUUCGAGGCUGCACCGUUUACGUGGCAAAGAAUUUGCGAACUGCUUAAUUCUCCAUCUCGGCAUUACCGGAAAGCUGAUAAAUACUUCCGAGCGCUGGAUAAGACGAUAAAUGUGGUGACCACAGUGUCUGAAGAUGGACGACGAAUGACUGGCAAUCCUCAAUACAUCUCCGAAACGCCGGACGUUUAUAGCAUUGAACAACUGUUCUUUGGGGACGAACGCCCUGACUGCGAUUUCUGGGAUCCAGAUUUCGCCUACAAUGCGCAGAAGGUCAGUGGAAGUCCUAACACGAAGGAUCAGUUAGAACCGCUUGAUAUGAGUAGAAAACGAGCGUAUUGCUCUGAUGAAGAAGUGCCGAGGAGUGAAGAAUCGGAUGAAGAAAUGGAGUUCUGA